AUGAAUUCUAAAGCUUUUGGUAUCUUUUGGACUCUCGUGAUCAUUUAUUUUACUAUCACUCUGGCAUAUUCGCCUAAACACCUCUUUCCUCGUAUCACGUCUGGCUGUAAUGGUACCCUUCCUUGUACAAUAAAAUGCGGAAGCUGCACUAGUAAUACUACGUCUUGUAAUUUUCCGAAUCCUGACCAACCUGACUGUAAUGGACAGCUAUCUUCUUCUUCUUGUGGAACUCCUUUACAAUGUAGCUAUGAUUGUGGACCUACUUGCAACGGCACUUGCACCAAUUGUACUCAAAUCGAUGUUUAUGCGCGCUGUAGCGUGUGUGCUUAG